AAUGUACUCUUCGAUCUCAGCAUUUCACCAGUGACAUUGUUUAUUAUCUCUCAAAAUAUGAGCGAUUCAAAUAUCGAGAUCAAAGGGAGCCGGGAGACCCAAGAAGCGGACUGCCAAAGCGUCGAUAAUGGAGCUCUUGAGCGACUUCAAUCCUCACCACAGUUCUCUCCCGAGGAAGAAAGGAAACUGGUCAGAAAGAUUGACUCCACGAUCCUUCCAAUCAUGAUCUUUGCCUACACCAUGGCAUUCCUGGAUAAACAGACUCUCAACUAUGGCGCUAUAAUGGGACUCGAGCAAGACCUUCACUUGGUGGGCACACAAUACAGCUGGACCUCUAGUGUCUUCUACUUUGGAUACCUCUUUUUCUCAUAUCCAGCUUCACUACUCAUGGUCAAAUUCCCCCUUGGAAAAUAUCUUGCGGUCACCUUCAUGUUAUGGGCAAUCAUUCUUGCCUGUCAUGCAGCGACAAAAGAAUUUGCCACUUUCAUGGUGACUCGAUUCUUCCUUGGAUGUGCAGAAGCGAGUCUUUCCCCUGGCUUCACACUUCUAACAUCUCUUUGGUACCGUACUUCUGAACAACCUCUUCGUGCGGGUAUAUGGUUUUGUGGAAACUCACUUUCACUAAUUUUUGGAAAUCUUAUCGCUUCUGGUAUUAUUCACAUUAAAAGCAAACUUGAAUCAUGGCAGUGGCUGUUCAUUAUCUUCGGGAUUAUUACGUUUCUAUUCGGCAUAGUCAUGCUACUCCGACUACCUGACUCCCCUGCCGACGCAAAAUUCCUUACUGAGCGAGAGAGGCUGAUUGCAAUGGAGCGCCUCAAGGAUAACAAAGCUGGAUUCAAGAAUACAGAAAUUGAUCAGGCGCAAAUCUUCGAAGCCUUGACGGAUGUUCAGACCUGGCUGCUCGCUAUAAUGAUUUUCGCAUGCGAUGUCGCAAAUGGAGGCUUCACGACAUUCAAUAGUCUAGUCCUCGAGGGCUUUGGCUUCGAUACCUUCCAUACCCUGCUAAUGGGUCUUCCAGGUGGUGUUAUUGUUUGUGUUUUUGUUUUCAUGUCUGGUUUUAUCUCAUCCAAAGUGCAAAAUAGCAGAUGCAUUGUCAUGGCUGUCAUGUUCUUGCUUGGUAUCCUAGGCAGCGCCCUUGUCUACGCCGGACCAAACAUUGCUGCCAAGUAUGGCGGUCUGCUCAUCAUGGGCAUAUAUUCCGCUGCCAUGCCCGUAUCCUUGGCAAUGAUCAGUUCAAAUGUCGGCGGUUUCACGAAGAGAGCUACGGUUAGCGCUAUAUACUUCAUCAUGUACUGUGCAGGAAAUAUCGUCGGCCCUCAACUUUUCUUUGCCGAUCAAGCACCAAAAUAUCAGAGCGGGUUCUUGGCAAUUAUCAUCUGUCUUGUUAUUUGUGUGGCUGAUUGCUUUGCUCUGAUGUUUUAUCUCAAAUGGCAGAAUAGCCGCAGGGAUAAGAUGGAUAUACCAUAUGAGACUCCGACUUCAGAGAAGCAACCAGAAGGUGUUAUGCAGACUGAGUUUCAACUUGAGAAUGUCACAGAUCGGAAGAAUUUGCGAUUCCGAUAUGUGUACUAG